UUCUGCGCGUGCGCAAACGCUGCCGCGCCCACCGUGGCUGCUAUCGCAGCGGGAGUUCUGUGGUCUCUCCAUAGAGACUUGCCGUUGAGGGUAGCCUCUGUGGUCCUGCCAGUGGGCUUGCCGCGCGUGGCAGAGACAUGGAGGAAUUCGACUCCGAAGACUUUUCCACCUCGGAGGAAGACGAAGACUACGUGCCGUCGGGUGGAGAGUAUAGUGAAGAUGAUGUAAAUGAAUUAGUGAAGGAAGAUGAAGUGGAUGGUGAAGAGCAGACACAGAAAACCAAAGGGAAAAAAAAGGCUCAGAGCAUUCCGGCCAGGAAGAGAAAACAAGGUGGCUUCUCAUUAGAAGGAGAGGAGGAGGAGGAUGCAAGAUCGGGAUCUGGAGAAAGCAGCAGCGAGGAGGAAGAUGCAGUUGCAGAGCAGGGAAAGGGCAUCGGGUCAGAGGAUGCAAGAAAAAAGAAGGCGGAUGAACUCUGGGCCAGCUUUCUCAAUGAUGUAGGACCAAAAUCAAAAGUGCCCCCCAGUACACAAGUUAAGAGAGGAGAGGAGACUGAAGAGACAACUUCAAGUAAAUUGUUGGUCAAAGUAGAAGAGCUAGAGAAGCCUAAAGAAACAGAAAAGGUCAAAAUCACCAAAGUGUUUGAUUUUGCUGGUGAAGAAGUCAGGGUGACUAAGGAAGUGGAUGCUACAUCUAAAGAAGCCAAAUCCUUCUUGAAGCAAAAUGAGAAAGAGAAGCCACAGGCAAAUGUCCCUUCAGCUCUGCCUUCACUCCCUGCAGGGUCAGGGUUAAAGAGAUCAAGUGGCAUGAGCAGCCUUCUGGGGAAAAUUGGAGCCAAGAAGCAGAAAAUGAGCACCCUAGAGAAGUCCAAAUUAGACUGGGAGAGCUUCAAGGAGGAAGAGGGGAUUGGAGAAGAACUAGCCAUCCAUAAUCGAGGGAAAGAAGGGUACAUUGAACGGAAAGCUUUUCUAGACCGAGUGGAUCACAGGCAGUUUGAAAUUGAACGAGAUCUCAGGCUGAGCAAAAUGAAGCCCUGAUGUUAUGAGGGAAAAUCAAUAGCAGCUUAAUCCUGUUUACAAUGUGAGCUUCUUGUGCAUCUGUGAAGUGUUUCUGGUUUUUCUCAUCAAGGUUGCAAGUGAGGUCUUUUUUUCUACAUUGAAGUUCUGCCUGUGUAUCUUGCUCUCACAUGGUUUCAGUCGUUUUUACUUUUAAAAGUUUGUCCUUAAAAAAAAUGAGAAUAAAUAAAAAUUGGUCCUCUGAGAGGCUGGUGAAGAUGA